AUAUAAACUCAAACAAGCUCAGCUAAGUACACAAACAAUCAACAAAUACAAAUUCCAAAUAUUUUUCUUUUAAAUUAAUUUUUCCAACAUGAUCUCCUUUAAAUCUGUCUUUAUUUUCUGCCUCUUCAUAGUUUUUGCUUCCCUAAUCUCUACUCCCACCAAUGCAGCCACUUUUACAAUAAGAAACAACUCCUACACUAUUUGGGCAGCCGCAGUACCCGGUGGUGGCCGACGUUUGAAUACCGGUGAAACAUGGACUAUCACAGCCAACCCUGGACAAGAUCGUGGUCGCAUUUGGCCCCGUACUGGGUGCACACCCAAUGGGUCAAAUGGGCUUAGGUGCAUCACAGGAGACUGUGGUGGGGUACUCCAAUGCACAAAUUAUGGGACACCCCCUAACUCUUUAGCUGAGUAUGCCCUAAGACAAUAUAACAACUUGGAUUUCUUUGACAUCUCUUUGGUUGAUGGGUUCAAUGUGCCAAUGAGUUUCUUGCCUGUAAGCGGGUGUAGCAGAGGACCCUCUUGCACGGCUGAUCUUAUCGGCCCGUGCCCUGCCGAGCUUAAGUCCUCAGGAGGGUGUAACAACCCGUGCACGGCGCUCAGAGAUGAUAAAUAUUGUUGUAUAAAUAAUUAUAGGGAUAACUGCCCUCCAACAAAUUACUCUCGCUAUUUCAAGAGUAGGUGUCUAGAUGCUUAUAGUUAUCCUAAGGAUGAUGCUACUAGCCUUUAUACUUGCCCUUCUGGUACCAAUUACAGGGUUACAUUUUGCCCUUGA